UUUUAUUUUUAAUAAUUACUAAUAAAUAAUGGAUCCUGCAUUAUUAAAGGAAAGGGAAUUAUUUAAAAAGAAAGCCCUAACAACUCCUUCGAUAGAAAAGAAAAAAACAGAGUCUAAACCUGAGCCUCCUAAAGAUGAAAAGAAAAAAUCUAAGCCUUCAUCUAAUAUCCCUAGUGCUCCAAAACUUGAUAUUAACACGUAUAAAACUUCUACAGGAAGUUCCCAAUAUCGUUUUGGAGUAUUAGCAAAAAUUGUUAAACAUAUGAAAACUAGACACCAAGAAGGUGAAACAUAUCCUUUAACAUUAGAAGAGAUAUUAGAUGAAACUAAUCAGCUCGAUGUUGGAAAUAAAGUUAAACAAUGGUUGCAGACUGAAGCUCUUAAAGACAAUCCCAAAAUAGAGGUAACACCUGAGGAGAAAUUUGUAUUUAAAUCACUAUAUAAAUUAAAAGAUAGAAAAAGUUUAUUGAAAUUAUUAAAGCAACAAGAUUUGAAGGGAAUUGGUGGAAUUUUACUAGAAGAUGUUCAAGAAUCUUUACCCCACAGUGAAAAAGCUUUAAGGAUAUUACAAAAUCAAAAUGAAAUCAUAUUUAUUACAAGACCUAUGGAUAAGAGAAAGGUUUUAUUUUAUAAUGACAGGACAGCCACUAUGCCUAUAGAUGAAGAAUUUCAAAAACUGUGGAGAUCAGUAGCUGUGGAUGCAAUGGAUGAUGCAAAAAUAGAAGAGUAUUUAGACAAACAAGGAAUACGUUCAAUGCAAGAUCAUGGUCUAAAAAAAGCAGCAGCUCCAAAGAGGAAAAAGCCUGGUACUCGUAAAAAAGUAUUUAAGAAACCUCGUGACAAUGAGCAUUUAGCAGACGUUUUGGAAACAUAUGAAAAUGAUACAUUAACUCAAAAAAAUUCAGUCUAGCCUAUGAAUUAACCUUAUGUAUUAUUUGUUUACUGUUUAUAAGUAAUAAUUUUGGAUUAGGAGUUUGCUUUCUUUCUAAUAAAUCAUUUUGGAGUU